AUGGCAAAAUAUAAUAUUGAGGAUCUGUAUUAUGACAUUUAUGCGAUCAAUGACUAUUUUUAUGAGACGGAGGACGGUCAAUUAAUAGUUGAUAAUUCACAUGAAUCAAUCCACGAUUAUUGUCAUUACACGAAUAACUCAGGAAAAAUCAAUUGUCAUAAUUAUCUUGAAAUGACGAAUUGUAGUGUUAUUUAUUUGCUAAAAAAUUUAAAGAAGUAUGGUUUAGAAUAUGAUAAAUUUGCCGAAUACGCUAUUUUAUGGUUAAGUUAUAUACUAGAUCAAAAGCAAAAAGAUAAAUUAACCGAUUUAAAUAAAUUUUAUACUGAUCAUAUAGUAAAUAAUGAGUGUUAUAAUAAUAAAAUAAAAGAUGAUGAUGAAAUAACUUAUAAGAAAAUUAUAGAUACAAAUAAUGAUUUGAUGAAUAUGAAUAUUAAUGAAAUAUCUAAAUUUGAUCGCCCAUUUAAUAUAUUAUUUAAUUUGUAUUAUACAUGUAAUCGUGAUUUUUGGAAUUGCGAAAAAAAUUUGGGAUAUGCUAACUCGUUUGUUAGUGAAUUUGAAAAACUUAAUAAUGAUUCCAAUAUUAAUGGAAAUGAUUCAUACAGAAAAUUAUUGUCUACAUUAUCAAAUGAUUAUAACAAUUUAAAAAAAAUAUAUUAUGAUAAAAAUAAUUCUUGCGAUCUUCCAUCUCUUUCACAAUUAAACCUCCCAAAAAGUUCUAUAGAAAAUUCUUUAGACGUUCCUGGAAAAGAUUCUGAACAAACAUUGGGACAGCCAUCUUAUAAUAUUAAGGAUGUGUAUAAAGAAAUUAAUACGAUCGAUGGCUAUUUUAGGGAGGAUACUAAUGGUAAAUUAAUAGUUAAUGAUGCAGACAAAUCAAUCGACAAUUAUUGUCAUUCCUGGUCUGGCUUAGGAAAAGACAAUUGUCAUAAUUAUCUUGAAAUGACUAAUUGUAGUGUUAUUUAUUUGCUAGAAAAUUUAAAGAAGUAUGGUUUAGGACAUGAUAAACUUGCCGAAUACAUUAUUUUAUUGUUAAGUUAUAAACUAAAUCAGCAUUCAAAACAUAGUGGCACCAAUUUAAAUGAUUUUUAUACUGAUCAUAUAGAAAAAAAUGAUGAUUGUAAUAAUAAAAUAAAAGUUAAUGGUCUGACUUGUAAGGAAAUUAUAGAUAAAAAAAAAGUUUUGAUGAAUAAUAAUGAAAUAUCUAAAUUUAAUUAUCCAUUUAGUAUAUUAUGUUCAUUGUAUAAAGGAAUUAAAAAAAACAGACUGGAUUGCACAAAAUAUUCGAUUCCUGCUAAUAAUUUUGCUAUUGAAUUUGAAAAACUUAAUAAUGAUUCUAAUAUUAAUGGAAAUGAUUCAUACAGAAAAUUAUUGUCUACAUUAUCAGAUGAUUAUAACAAUUUAAAAAAUAAAUAUGGUAAUGAUGAAUCUUGCGGUUUUCCAACCCUUUCACCGGUAAAAACAUCAUCAAGUUCGUCGAUAGCAGGCAAAUUAAUUCCAGGUUUAUCGACAUUUGCAAUACCAGCUUUCUUGGGAAUUGCUUAUAAGUAUUCAUUAUUUGGAAUUGAUAAACUAUUUCAAAGACAAUAUAUAAGAAAAAAAUUAAAAAAAGUAAAGAAGAAAAUGAAUAAUUAUAUAUGA